GGCGAUCUUAGAUUUGUUUUGAAAAGAAUUUUUCCAUAUUUAUAUUUACUUUGACAUCUUAACGCGACUUUGGUGACAUAAAUAAGCUUUAGUCAUGACAACCCCAUCUAAAGAGGGGAAUGAUCCAUGUUCUAACGAGAAGAGCGAGGAUUCUGAAUCAGACCCUGAUGUAGACGAGGUUUUACUGGCUGAAUUCGAGGAAAAUGAAGCAACCACUGAACGAAAACAAGUGGAAGAAGUAGGAAAACCACAGAUAGCAUUUGUAGAAGAGAAGUCUGACAUGGAAAAUUCACAACCAGAACCUAAAAAAUGUAAAGAAAAUGAACCUGAGGAGAAAGAGGGGGAAACCUGGGAGCCCCCCUGCCGUGAAAAAUCUGAAUUAUCAACCACCACCACGACUACCACAGAUUCAUAUGAAUCAUCAGACACCAGCCAAACAAGUGGUGAACAGACCAAGCUUAGAGUUGAGUUACCCGCCCUUGCCAGUGUGAAUGAUGCCGCAAUUGGUGCUACUGCAACGCCAGUGGACAACAGCUGUGAACCUAGUGUUUAUCAUGUAAAGUGGACCAGUUUUAAUUCACUAGAGGUUCCCAUUAUAACCCAGAAUGAAAAUGGACCGUGUCCACUGUUAGCUGUCAUGAACAUCUUGCUAUUGAAAGCCAAAGUUAGGCUUGAUCCAGGGAUAGAAGUCAUUACACCAGAACAGAUAAUGACUUACCUUGGGGACAGUAUCCUGCUCAGUGCACCAACGAAUGGCACUGAGGCUGUUCAGCUAAAUUUUCAGCAGAAUAUGCAUGACGCCAUGGCAGUUAUACACAAGUUACAGACAGGAUUAGAUGUCAAUGUUAGAUUUACAGGGAUACAGGAUUUUGAAUACACCCCUGAAUGUAUAAUCUUUGACCUGUUGGGUAUCCCUUUGUACCAUGGUUGGCUCGUUGAUCCACAGGAUAUGAAAAUGGUGGAGGCGAUUGGAAACUGUAGUUACAAUCAACUGGUGGAGAAAAUCAUCAGUGAUCGGAGCUCUGAGAGAGAAGACCUUGUCAACCAAGCACUGUUGGCAGAGGCUUUCCUUGAUAGAACGGCAUCACAGCUGACUUACCAUGGGCUGUAUGAACUCAACUCAACCGUGAAAGAAGACCAGCUUUGUGUGUUCUUCAGAAACAACCACUUCAGUACCUUGUAUAAACAAAAGAAUGAGUUGUUCCUGCUGGUGACAGACCAGGGAUUUCUGAAUGAGAAGAACGUUGUCUGGGAGACGCUGAACAAUGUGGAGGGGGACGGGUACUUUGUGGAUGCCCAGUUUCACACUUACACCAAACCUCCCCCUCUCACAGAAACACUGGUACCUCCUGAGGUGCCCCCAGGAUCAGAUGAACAAGUGGAUCAAGACUAUUUAUUGGCAAUGUCUUUACAACAAGAACAACAAAUGACAGAUGAAGAGUUGGCAUGGAAACAAAACCAACAACAACAUCAACAAGUUCAAAUGUCAGACCAUGAACUAGCAGCCAAACUCCAGGCUGAAGAAGACGAGCAAGCAAUGCGAGCGAUUAACGAGCAACAACAGAGACAGCAACAACAGCAGCAGCAGCAACCACAGGGUCAAAGGUCAACUGCUCAGGGUGCUAGAGGUCGUCCACAGGAACGAGAGAGGGAGAGCGAGCGAGAACCUAGGGAUAGGUCUAAGGAUAAUAGAAACUCCUCCUUGUGCUGUAUUUUAUGAUGUGACUGUUCUAUCCAAUCCUUCAUGGCUUCCAUUGGAGAGAGUGUUCUGACAGAGUUACCUAACUUGGUUGUGAUCUUCAGUUCCUAGUCAUUCAACUGUUUAAUUGUAUCACACCCUUUCAUUGUGAACCUGCGGCAUUUCCAAGCAAGCUUGACUAGUGUUAGUGAAAAAAAAUUUUUUUGUCCAAGUCAUUGUAUUGUUUUCAUAGCCUACUUUGCAUAAGUUUAUUUUAAGACUAUGAAUAAUCUGUUACAGUGUUAGGUGUAAGUCUCUCAAAUAAAAAUUUAUCUGCAUACCAAUGAAUAAAUAAGUGCGUAAAUAAAAUUUUUUCUGUAAAUAUUUUACUUUUUUUCCUCCAGUUGAAAUUUAUCUUAUUUGGUACAUGUUUUAAAUUUUAUUUAUUUAAUCUUUUAUCAUGUUUAUCAUAUAUAUGUACUCGUAAUUAGAAAUAAUUUAAGAUGCAUUAUAUAAAUAAGGGCAUCAAAUGUAAAUAGAUCAUAAUUUGUGAUAAUUUGACAACAAAGUGUAACUUUUUCAAUUUUGAUAACAAACCUUUUGUUCAAAAUAGUUUUCCAAAGUUAGUCUUGUGUCAUACUUUGGGCUGUACCUAGUGAUUUACUGUUGAGUUCCUAGUGUAAAAUCCCCCUCCAUGUAAUGGAAUCCUUCAUGCAGUGUUUGUCCUGCUGUGUUGUGAUUUAGUUUGUCUGUCUGUCUGUCUGUCAUUGAAGGAUAACUCUACAGUAAACACUGCCCUCUCAGUUAGAAAGAGUUUAAGCUGUUUGAUAAUGGAAUCAAUUUUAAAUCAUUUUUAUCACUUUGUUGAGAGAAUGUUGUCUGUAUUAUGUACAUGUUAAAUGUUGAAGAUAUCCAGUCAGAGUUUUUUUUUAAAUUCUUUUCCUGUGUUCAGACUUUUUUCGUGCUUUGGUGGUACCCAGAAGUGAUGUGCAUUAUUUUGCUAUGAAUACUCUACAAAGUUAAAUAUUACUGAAAAUAUUCAUGUCUUGUGAAUAAUUGAAGAAAAGACUUUUUUUCAAGAACUGGAAGCAUUCAAAGUAUUUCAUAAAUUAAUUUGUGUGUGUGCUCCAGUGUACUUGUUAUCAGAGUUUAGUGCGUGUUGAUAAAAUUGUAGGAGCCAGAAACAGCAAUCAUGACAAACUACUGACAGAGGGCGGGCUACUGGUGAUUUAUUAGAUUAAAGUCUCCAGUCUCGUCAUAUAUGAUAGGUAUACUUUAGAUUGUUGUUUAAGAUAAACCAUACUUCCAAACUUUUUUAUGGUGAAGUUUUAAAUGUUUUAAAACUGUCCCUUUUUUGAUGUGCAAUCUUUGCAGUUUUUACCUACUUGAACCAUUAUAGGGGGAAAAAAUUAGAGGUACUGUGACACUGAGCUCACAAAAUGAUACCCCACAUCUCUCAUACGAGUAUAGUGGCAAAGCCUAACAGACGUACGUACAGAAGUAUAAUGACUGGACCGACACCCUCAUCACAAUAUACCCCCACUUUUCAAGCAGGGGUGUAAAAAUUACUCAGUGAUUCAAAACCAGAUAAUUUUUCUGUGAUAUCAAUCUCUAUUACAAGUACAGUAUAUGUAACAAGACUCACCAAGUACCUGGAUACCUGAUUAAAACCAUUUUGAAAUAGAUGUCAAUUUUUGUACACUUAUAUCCACUGUAUAUCUGGUAAAGGUGUUGAAAUAAAUCCAGUUGUUUUGUGUACUCUGUUUUUCUGUGUAUUAGUUAUAUUCCAAAUCCUGCUAUUUAUGACGGGAUAUUGUGUCUUUCUACAAAUUGUUAUUUUUCCCGUGUAGACAAACUUAAGCUAGUAGUAAUAUUUUCUCUUGAAACAAAUCUUAUCAUUUAUACAAUAAAAUGAAGUUAAAAUAUUGAAAAAA